AUGAAAGCAUUUGCCCAUCAGACAACACUUAUUAACCACCAGCGCAUUCACACGGGUGAGAAGACUUACCACUGUCCAACGUGUUUGAAGACAUUUGCCCACCAGACGACGCUGAUCAACCAUCAACGAGUGCACACCGGGGAGAAGCCGUAUAAGUGCACGGUUUGCGAGAAGAUUUUUUCCCACCAAACAACGCUGACCAUACACGAGCGUAUUCACACCGGGGAACGACUUUUUAAGUGUUCCAUGUGCGAGAAGACUUUCACUCACCAGACCACGCUGAAGAACCACGAACAAACGCACUCAAGUGAGAAGGCCUACAAAUGUCCGAUAUGUUUAAAGUCGUUUGCACAUCAGACAUCCUUGGUCAAUCACGAGCGUAUUCACACAGGAGAAAAACCUUAUCACUGUACAACCUGCUUGAAAACCUUUGCCCAUCAAACCACACUCAAGAAUCACGAGAGGACACACACAGGAGAAAAACCGUACCGGUGUAAUAUCUGUCACAAGGCGUUCACACAUCAGACCACGCUGGUCAACCAUGGGAAAACCCAUGUAGGUGAAGUGGUUGUUCCUACUUCCGUAAUGUCCGAGAAUUCAGGGGAGCCUAUGCCUCCUCGUUCAGUAGCCACUGGUUCUGUUACGACCACGACUUUGUAUCAUUGUGCUAUUUGUCGGAAGUCGUUUACGCAUCAGGCUGACCUCAAAACUCACGAACUACGGGCACAUGAGUCUACUUCCAGCCUUGGGGGUGGAGGUAGUGGAGGAAAUGAAAAAUUACCCUCAUUUGGGUAUGAAAAUACAUCGUCUGCCUCUGGGUCCUCAACAUCGGGUAAGCCAUAUCAGCGACCCCAACCACAGGACACCAACACUACAUCAUCUACGCCAAAUUUAAAUCAUAAAACAGACCCCCACCCUCGGGCAGCUGCCACAACCCCAACCAAUACCACCAAUAGCCCUACUGCCAACAAUAGCACCAAUCCUGACAAGCACCAGAGAGAGCCUUCAUCCCAUUCAUCUCACACUGCACCUCUAUCCCCGCGGGCAGUGCAGCAGCCACAAGCCCAUCUGGCAACAAACCCCCCCAUGCAAAUGCCGUCGUCGUACCUCCAUCAAAUGAGCUCACACUGGGAGAACAACUACGGCUGGCCCAGGGGGUUCCCGAUGUCACCGGGGUGGAGUUCCAGCUGGGCAAAAGCCCCAAACACAAUUUCAACCUCAGUAAGACAGAAAGAAUUAAGUUAG